UGCCCCUGGGCCCAGGAUAUAAGCUUACCCUCCUAGGGCUUACAGGGCCACAGCAACAGAGACAAGCACUAACCUACCAGGCACUCUUGGGACAAUGAAAGAGGUCUGUGACCAUGCUGGGAAGUGGGCAGAUGGAUUAGAACACCAGUAGAGCAGGCAAAACGGAAGCAGGCCUCAAAGCAUCUUCUGCCCAGUGCGCAGGCUCAUCUAUGCAGCCAUUGUUCCUGGCUACUAUACCACUGCCCGAAACACUUUGGAAGUGGUCUGUUCAUGUCAUCUGAAGCUUACAUUCUUUGAGCAGCCACAUGCUUAUGAAGCUGACUUCAUCCACACCCCAUGGAGUCCCACUCCCCUGGACAGUACUACUGGUUUAUGGGUGGACGUGUUGCCUGGUUCUGGCGAACAAAAGGGAAGUUCUACAAAAGACACUCUUGGCACACCAAGAAGAAAUGGCCUCUCCUUCCUUUGAAAGUCUCCAUAGAAUGAAUCACAUGUCUCCCAGGUUGAGAGCUUUCCUCUCUGAACCCAUUGGAGAAAAGGAUGUUGUCUGUGUAGAUGGGAUCAGCCAUGAACUUGCAAUCAAUUUGGUCACCAAAGGUUUCAACAAGGCCUACACCCUCCUGGGGCAGUUUCUUCUGAUGCACAAGAACGAAAUGGAGUUUCAGAGGUGGCUCAUCUGUUGCUGUGGUGCCACGGAGUGUGAGGCCCAGGAGAGCACUAACUGCCUGAAGGAGUGGUGCUCCUGCUUCCUAUGAACACACCCCCUUGCUCAGCCGCCUGCGUAAUGACACGUUCUGUACCUAG